CGCGCGGCCCUCGCGCCUCAGCCGGCGACCGCGCGCGGGAAUGAGGCGCCGAGGGAUGGCGGGAGGGCCGCGGCUCCACCUGGGCUCCGCAGCCCAACCUGACGAGCCGUGGGUCUGGGUGCCAGUGGUCGCCCUCCACCAGCGCCAGGCUCUGCGGCGCCCGGACUGCGGCAGCCCGGACGCCCGCGGCAAGGUCAGUGCCCGUCGGAGAAGGCGGCCCGGGAGUGGGCUCCGCGGGGAAUGCGGCCGCUCCCAGUCCCGCCCGCGCAGUGGCUAAGCCGAAGCGUCCUGCCGCCCGCACCUGCCUGGGGAGCUAGGAGACAUUCCCGGAAAGAAGCUGACAAGCCGUGGGAGCUGCUUUCGAUCAUGCGAAGCCGGGGCUGGCUCCCUCAGGAGGGGAGUGUGCGGCGGCUCCUGUGUGCAGACCCUUGCUGCCAAACCUGCAACUCUGUGGCUCUGGAGAUUCAGCAGCUGAUAUCGGGUGAGACGACUCUGACCACCCCGACUUCAUCGGGGCCAUCGCAGGGCUCCUCGUGCCUAGAGGUUUUGUCCAUGUCCAGUCUCUCUUUUGAUCAGAGUCAGGAUUCCCUGCCCUUCAAACAGCUUUCACUUCCAUCAGCAACCCGCACAGUGUCACGACUAACAACUCAGAAAUCCGUAACCCAGUCAGCUGCCAAGUCAGCCACUAAGCCAGCCGCCAAGUCUGCCAGCGCAAUCAGCAUCCGCCAAUACUGGGCUGGUCACCAGCAGCUGAGGCAGGAGUGUCGAGGGCCAGAGUUGCCCUUGGAUGCAGGAGCUCUGUCUUCUUCGAGCCUUGAGGAGCCUAGGAUUCCUGUGAACCAGCAUGUCAAGAAGAAGAGCAACUCUGAAGGUAUUCUGAAGAAACAAGAAGCUGUAGAAGCCGACCUGAGAAAUAAGCUGAAGCAUUUUACAGACUGGAUUAACCCUAACACGAAAGAUCAAGGGCAUAAGGAAUGCAUUCUCCGCUGUAAGAAUGAGAAAGUGGCCAAAACCAAGACAAAAAAGGCUGAGAAGAGUCCACCUCCCACCAGACGCCCCAUGAAGGGAGCUAAGUUGGAGAAGGAGGAGGGCUUCUUUGACGCGCUCCAGUGCCUGGACAGUGAGUUCCAGCGACAGUCCGUGCAGUCCGUGCAGUCCGGCCAGUCCUGUUUCCUGCCCCUCUCCAGUGGCAGCUCCAAGCGCAGUCCUCUGCUGACUCAUGCCACUCAGCCAGAAAAUCCAUCCCAAGUCUCAAUGUGCACCUCAGCAGAAGGCACUCGUCUACCCCAGGAGAGUACCCAGUCCAGGAAGAAGGAGCUCAGAGGUUCCCAGACUUCUGCAUCCUCCUGAAAAGGCUGUCAUCAUCAUUUCCAUUAAUAUUCUGGUGAGGCAGGACCCUCUCCAAAUAAACUCUAUACCUCUAAGCAAA